AGUGCGCCUGCAUUUCCUUCCCUUACUUCGGCCAAUUCUCAGUUUCAUUUCCGGUCUCCCAUUUCCGGUCCUUUCAUUUAUCCUUCCGACAGAAAAAUCGGUGGUGUGGUCAGUUGGAAUCUUCGGUUCCCGUCAAGUCGGCCUGGCCUGAGGCCGCGAAGCUCACUGGGCUGGGGCCGCGCGGCCCCAGGGCGGCGCCCUCCCUCGCACCAUGGCCCGAAACGCAGAAAAGGCCAUGACGGCCUUAGCAAGAUUUCGUCAAGCUCAGCUGGAAGAGGGAAAAGUGAAGGAACGAAGACCCUUUCUUGCCUCAGAAUGUACUGAGUUGCCCAAAGCUGAGAAGUGGAGACGACAGAUCAUUGGAGAGAUCUCUAAAAAAGUGGCUCAGAUUCAGAAUGCUGGUUUAGGUGAAUUCCGAAUUCGUGACCUGAAUGAUGAAAUUAACAAACUGCUAAGAGAGAAAGGACACUGGGAGGUCCGGAUCAAGGAGCUAGGCGGUCCUGAUUAUGGAAAAAUUGGCCCUAAAAUGCUGGAUCAUGAAGGGAAAGAAGUCCCGGGAAAUCGAGGUUACAAGUACUUUGGAGCAGCAAAAGAUUUGCCUGGUGUUAGAGAGCUAUUUGAAAAAGAACCUCUUCCUCCUCCAAGAAAGACUCGUGCUGAGCUCAUGAAGGCGAUCGAUUUUGAAUACUAUGGUUAUCUAGAUGAAGACGAUGGCGUUAUUGUACCUUUGGAGCAAGAAUAUGAAAAGAAACUCAGAGCUGAAUUAGUGGGAAAGUGGAAAGCAGAGCGAGAGGCCCGGCUGGCAAGAGGAGAAAAGGAGGAGCAGGAGGAAGAGGAGGAAGAGACCAACAUCUAUGCUGUUACCGAGGACGAGUCUGAUGAGGAAGGCAGCCAGGAGAAAGGAGGGGAAGACGGGCAGCAGAAGUUCAUCGCUCACGUCCCGGUGCCGUCUCAGCAGGAGAUCGAAGAGGCACUUGUUCGAAGGAAGAAGAUGGAACUCCUCCAGAAGUAUGCAAGUGAGACCCUGCAGGCCCAGAGUGAAGAGGCCAAAAGACUCCUGGGAUAUUAGGGCCAAGCUGGGACACUCCUUGGGGUCUGGAAAACUGCCGGGAGUUCUUCAUCCCCCAUUGGCACUUGCGUUAACUCACAGGGCUCUGCCACCCAGGGACUGCAGAUGGGCAGGCCUGCUCCGCGAGGCUUCCUGCUGCUUCCUACCAUUCAUUCUUCUCUUACCUUUUCUUACCUCAUCUUCCGAUCUGAGGGAAGGGUCUGCCCUGUGCCUCCCUGGCAGACUGUAUAUGUACCAAACACUUCAGCCAUCGCCUUGGUACAAAUGUUUGCCUCCUAUAUGAACUCACUUAUUUUUCUCCUGAGUGUGUAAAACAGGCUGCUAACUGGCUGCCUGUCAGUGUUUUAUUUAGCCCU